AUGAAUAAAAUAUAAUUCAACUCUUUACAGGUAAAAACUUCUAAAUUAGAAUUCACAAUACCCAAGCCACCUUUGAAUUAUAUUGUAAAACAAGUUCAUCGCUUAAAAUGUGUGAUAAAGUGUAAAAAGGAUGUAGAACUGAUAAUGGAUUAAAUAAAUUUUAUUAUUGAAUUGCUAAUUGCAGGAUAAUUUGGGACUCCAUCUUUAGCGUAUUUAAAUGAAUUGCGUAACACAUUAAAAUCGACUAUACAUUCAUUCGAAUAAGAUCAAUUGGGAUUCGUAUUGGCUAAUAUGGAGACAUUGAAGAAGCUGACAAGCCUAGAUUAUCUAAAAGGAUUAAAAAAGGGAAGCUCUAGAAAUUUGAAGAUUGCUAAUUAACUUUAGAAAAUCUAGAAAAGAUUGCUUUCAGUAAUAAGAAAUGUUUAUGGUCAAUAAGUGUUAUUCUGGUUGGAUGAACAUCAGCCAGAAUAAAGUACUGCUUUGCGUAGUAAGCGUAUAUUGGUUGAAACUAAAACAUUAAUACAAAGUAAAUUAAAAGGAUUAGAUUUAGAAAAGCAUAAUAAAAUAGUGUGUCGAAUAUGUGAGCAAUUGAUAGAAGUAGAGAUUAUGGCAGCUCAUUGCAUUACCUGUUAAAAAAAGGCUGAAUAGAGCAAGAAAUUAUUAUAACUAAAUUUAUAAUUAGCAGAUGCCUCUUAAUCAGCAUAUAAAUUAAAGCAUGACGUUUAAAUUAAGUUGGGUAAGUUAAGCUUAUAAGAAUAAAAGAAAAAUAGGUAGAAAUUGAAAAAAUAAGAGGAGGAAAAAAAACCAUUAAGAUCACUUAGAAGGACUCACACAAUCCAUUUAUAAGACAAUAAACUCUAACAAGAAGAGGAAGAAAAGAACAAAGCCAAAAAAUAAUUGGCUUUUAUAAAUUCUGUAAUGACUAUUAUAGUCAAUUAUACUGAAAAGGUGUUAAAUAGUAAUAUUAAUAACGAAGAUAAUAAAAUAAAUCGAAUAACAUUUGAUGAGUUAACUGAAGCAAAAUGUAAUUUAGAAAAUGAUCAAAAAAAUGAGGAAGUUAUUGAUAUAAUAGAUAAAGCUCGUUCCUGUAUGUAUGAUAGAAUGGAAUACUUUAAAAUUCUAUAAAAUUUGGAAUCCUAACAAAUUUAGGAUAGUCAAAAGAUUAAACAAAAACCGGAAAUAGAUUUAAAAUAAAAAUAUAAGAAUUCCAAUUCAAGUUCAUUCAGAGUUUCAAAAUUUAAUCACAUCAGUGCCCCUACCUAGCAAAAAGUCAAAAAAAAUGAUACAAUUUUUGAAGAAGAGGAUGACUUUAUUUACUCAUCUCCAAAAAAUGCAAACAGUUAAAAUAAGAAAUAGACUGUUGUCAUAAUGUCUUUAAUUAAUAAAGAUAAAUAUAAUGCAAAUAACGUUGGAAGUGUUAAUAAUAUAAAUAGAAGGGAUAGUUUAACAACUAUGUCAAUGUCCAGAUCUUAAGUGGUUGGAAAUAAUCAAAUCAAAAGAGCAUUUCAACCUAAAACUAAUUUUGAAGAUUAACCAUAAUCACAAUCAAAUCCUGGCUCUAAAGUAUUAGAUAAGAUUGUAGCUAAUUCUUCUGAAACUGUGAUUAGUCCAUCAUCCAACAAACCAUCAAUUUUUCGUAAAGCUAAAUCUCCUACAACUAUCGAUUCUGUUAUUGAAUAUUCUAUUUAAUCUCCAACUGGAAGAAUGGGAUAAAGUGAUUCCUAGGAUGAAACUCCUAGAAAUUAGAAUAUUUGUUCUUUUGCAGAUUUUGCCUAAUGUGAUUCUGAUUAAGAAAUUCAAGCUAAAAAAUAGUUAAUACCAUCAAUAGGACUUGAUAAACAAAUGGAUUCAAUUGAAGAUAUUUAGAAAGACAAAGAAACAAACUUGCAAAAUUCACUUGAAAAUAUUAACUAAGGUUUAUCUGAUUAAGAAAUAAAUCAAUUUCAAAAUUCAAAUUCAAACUCAAACCAGGAAAUGAAAAGGUCUUCUUAAAAUAGUAGGUAGAAUAGUGGCAAUAAUUUGGAUACCAGAAAUUCACCUAAGGAAUAAGAUUAAUAAGAACAAUUGCAUCUUGACUUAGAAGGAUGCAAUGAAACAGAGUAAAUUAUUGAAGAAUCCUAACAAUAAAAUUCACAAAAAAGAAGAAUUCCUUCUGAUUUGAGUCCAAAUCAUUCAUCAUCCAAUAAAAAACUAGAAAUUCUAUAGAAGAAUGAAAGGAAUUAGAUGAUUGAUAUCGAUGAAUCUUUGAAUCAAUUAAAUAGAGGUUUGUUUUUUCAAUAAAAUUCCAGAAAUAAUGUUGCGAAGUAAAGUAUAUUCGAUUUUGAAGUCAUAACCGUUGAUAGAGGUUAUAAUUCAGAUUCUGAACUUGUGAGUAUAAAUGCUGAGAAAGCUCAUUAAUCUUAGGAGAUUGGAUUAAAAGAUUUUGAAUUCAUAAAGCCAUUAGGGCAAGGAGCAUUUGGAUGGGUAUUUCUAGUUAAAAAGAAGACUUCAGGGGAUUUAUAUGCUAUGAAAAUCAUUGAUUGUUCUUAAAAAUAAUUAGAAACAUAGUUGGAUACAUUAAAGGCAGAAAGGAACAUAUUUGAAAUUUUAUCUGGAGAUUUUGUAGUGAAAGCCUACUAUUCAUUUAGCCAUGAAUAAAAUUUAUGCUUUGUCUAAGAAUAUAUGGUUGGAGGGGAUUUCUCACAUAUUCUAAAGAUGUAUACGGCUUUAGAUGAAGAAUAUGUUAGACAUUACGUAGCUGAAGUAGUGUUGGCUUUAGAAUAUUUAAGAUCCAAAAAGAUUGUCCAUAGAGAUUUAAAGCCAGAUAAUAUUCUAUUGGAUAAACAGGGUCAUGCUAAAUUGGCUGAUUUUGGAUUGUCAGAAGUUGGUUUCAAUAAUAGAUUGAAAUUGAAAUUAAGACAAUAAGAUAUUGAAUCAAAUACAAUCCCAGAAUUUGCAGACCAUAAUGAUCCAUAAUAUGAUACUGUCUUUGAUUUAAAAUUACCUUAGGCUCAACCGACCAUUAGAGGCAGCAUUUAGAAUUAUAGCAGUAAAAACAAAAGAAUUGUUGGAACUCCUGAUUAUAUUGCUCCAGAAGUCUUAAAGGGAGAGUCCUUAACAAAUAGCAGUUUAGAUUAUUGGAGUUUAGGAGUCAUCAUGUAUGAGAUGUUGUGUGGAAUCCCGCCAUUCAAUGAUGAUUCUGUUGAAAAGAUCUUCGAUAAUAUUUUAAACUACAGAAUUGAAUGGCCUAAUGUGAGCGAUGUUGAAGAGGAAAGCAUUUCCCAUAAUGCUUAUGAUUUAAUGUGUCGAUUAAUGGAACCUGAUUAUACAAAAAGAAUUGGACAUGAAGACAUUGAUGAAAUCAAAGAUCAUCCUUUUUUUGAAGGGAUUAAUUGGAAUACCAUACUUUCGAGGCCAGGUUUAAUUGUACCGAAAAUGGUAUUAAAAGAAGGUGAAGCUGAUGGCAAAAACUGUGAAAAAGUUUAAUAGUUCCUUAACAAUUUAGAAAAGAAGGAAGUUAAAAAUUAAACUUUAGCUUAAAAGUUGAAAAAUUGGAUUUAUUAGUUAAAUUAAGUUUAGAAGAAGCUAGAUGAUAAACUUUCUAAAAUCAGGAUAGAAGAAAACAAAUUAAAAAGAACUUUAAAUAAAAUUGAUCAUUACGAACAAGAACAUUAAAUGUAAAUGUUACUUUUGUAUGAAGAUGUUUUCUGA